AUGGCCGACUCGACUCAGCUACAGCAUGCCCAACUGGCGACGAUUCUCGGCCCCGACCCGGCCCCUUUCCAAACCCUAAUCUCCCACCUCAUGUCCUCCUCCAACGAGCAGCGAUCCCAAGCCGAGCUCCUCUUCAACCUCUGCAAGCAGACCGAUCCCGACUCGCUCUCCCUCAAACUCGCCCACCUUCUCCAGUUCUCUCCCGCCCCGGAGGCCCGAGCCAUGUCCGCCAUUCUCCUCCGCAAGCAGCUCACUCGCGACGACUCGUACCUCUGGCCCCGCCUCUCCCCCGCCACCCAAUCCAAUCUCAAAACCAUUCUCUUGACCUGUAUUCAGCGCGAGGACACCAAAUCCAUAUCCAAGAAGCUCUGCGACACCAUUUCCGAGCUCGCCUCCGGGAUUUUGCCUGAUAACGCCUGGCCCGAGCUCUUGCCUUUCAUGUUCCAAUGCGUCUCCUCCGAUUCGCCCAAGCUUCAAGAAUCGGCGUUUUUGAUAUUCGCGCAGCUCUCGCAGUACAUCGGCGACACCUUGGUGCCGCAUAUAAAGGAAUUGCACGCCGUGUUCUUGCAUAGUUUGGGAAACUCGUCAAGCGCCGAAGUGAAGAUCGCGGCCUUGAACGCCGUCAUCAAUUUCAUCCAGUGUUUGACUAGCUCUGCCGAUAGGGAUAGGUUUCAGGACCUGUUGCCGGCGAUGAUGAGGACGCUGAUGGAGGCUUUGAACAACGGGAACGAGGCCACAGCGCAGGAGGCUCUCGAGUUGUUGAUCGAAUUGGCUGGGACCGAGCCCAGGUUCCUCAGGCGGCAGAUUGUGGAGGUGGUCGGGUCUAUGCUGCAGAUUGCCGAGGCCGAGUCGUUGGAAGAAGGGACCAGGCACUUGGCCAUUGAGUUCGUCAUCACGCUCGCCGAGGCCAGAGAGCGUGCGCCUGGGAUGAUGAGGAAGUUGCCGCAGUUUAUAAGCCGAUUGUUCGCUAUUUUGAUGAGUAUGCUUUUGGAUAUCCAGGACGAUCCCGCAUGGAAUACAGCAGAGACUGAAGAUGAGGAAGCAGGUGAGACCAGUAAUUACAGUGUGGGGCAGGAGUGUUUGGAUCGGCUUGCUAUAUCCCUGGGUGGGAAUACCAUUGUUCCAGUCGCUUCCGAGCAGUUGCCGGCAUAUUUGGCUGCCCCCGAGUGGCAGAAGCACCAUGCUGCGUUGAUUGCCCUAGCUCAGAUUGCCGAAGGUUGCGCUAAGGUAAUGAUUAAAAAUUUAGAGCAAGUGGUGGCAAUGGUCUUGAACUCAUUUCAAGAUCCGCAUCCUCGUGUAAGGUGGGCAGCUAUUAAUGCAAUUGGGCAGUUGUCUACGGAUUUGGGCCCAGAUCUGCAAGUUCAAUAUCAUCAGCAGGUGCUUCCAGCAUUGGCUGCUGCUAUGGAUGAUUUUCAGAACCCUCGUGUUCAGGCACAUGCUGCUUCAGCAGUGCUCAACUUCAGCGAGAAUUGUACUCCAGAUAUUUUAACACCUUAUUUGGAUGGAGUAGUGAGCAAAUUGCUAGUACUUCUGCAGAAUGGGAAACAAAUGGUGCAAGAGGGAGCCUUGACUGCUUUGGCAUCAGUUGCUGAUUCAUCUCAGGAGCAUUUCCAAAAAUACUAUGAUGCAGUUAUGCCUUACCUAAAAGCUAUCUUGAUGAAUGCAACUGAUAAAUCUAAUCGUAUGCUUCGUGCCAAAUCCAUGGAGUGCAUUAGUUUGGUUGGUAUGGCUGUUGGAAAGGAUAAAUUCAGGGAUGAUGCUAAGCAGGUCAUGGAAGUGCUGAUGGCUUUGCAAGGAUCUCAAAUGGAGACAGAUGAUCCAACUACAAGUUACAUGCUACAAGCAUGGGCUAGACUUUGCAAGUGUUUAGGACAAGAUUUCCUCCCCUACAUGAGUGUUGUAAUGCCUCCUUUGCUUCAGUCUGCUCAACUUAAGCCAGAUGUAACCAUUACAUCUGCAGAUGACAAUAGUGAUAUUGAUGACUCUGAUGAUGAAAGUAUGGAAACAAUUACUCUUGGGGAUAAACGGAUUGGAAUCAAGACUAGUGUCCUGGAGGAAAAAGCUACAGCUUGCAAUAUGCUGUGUUGCUAUGCUGAUGAGUUGAAAGAAGGAUUCUUUCCGUGGAUUGAUCAGGUUGCCCCAACUUUGGUUCCACUUCUUAAAUUUUAUUUCCAUGAAGAGGUUAGGAAGGCGGCUGUUUCAGCAAUGCCGGAGCUACUGCUUUCUGCAAAAUUAGCUAUAGAGAAAGGGCAAGCUCAAGGUCGUAAUGAAACCUAUAUAAAGCAAUUGUCUGACUACAUUGUCCCAGCUCUGGUGGAAGCAUUACACAAGGAACCUGAUACAGAAAUAUGUGCAAAUAUUUUGGACGCAUUAAAUGAAUGCUUACAGAUAUCUGGACCACUUUUAGAUGAAAGCCAGGUCAGAUCCAUUGUGGAGGAGAUAAAGCUGGUGAUAACUGCCAGUUCAAGUAGAAAAAGAGAGAGAGCAGAAAGGACCAAAGCCGAAGAUUUUGAUGCUGAGGAAGGGGAGCUCAUUAAAGAGGAAAAUGAACAAGAGGAAGAAGUUUUUGAUCAAGUGGGAGAGAUCUUGGGAACUUUGAUCAAAACGUUUAAAGCCUCUUUCUUGCCUUUCUUUGACGAGCUAUCAUCAUAUCUGACACCUAUGUGGGCCAAGGAUAAAACACCUGAAGAGAGAAGGAUUGCAAUAUGCAUCUUUGAUGAUGUUGCAGAGCAGUGUCGCGAGGCAGCUGUAAAAUAUUACGACACAUUUCUUCCUUUUCUAUUGGAGGCUUGCAAUGACGAUAACCCUGAUGUUCGACAGGCAGCUGUAUAUGGACUUGGUGUCUGUUCAGAGUUUGGCGGGACAGUAAUUAAACCUCUUAUUGGCGAGGCUCUUUCGAGGCUAAAUGUUGUGAUUCAGCAUCCUAAUGCCGUGCAACCGGAAAACCUAAUGGCAUAUGAUAAUGCCGUUUCUGCUCUAGGAAAAAUAUGUCAAUUUCAUCGCGACAGUAUUGAUGCAGCUCAGGUUAUUCCUGCAUGGUUGAACUGUUUACCGAUUAAAGGUGACUUGAUUGAAGCCAAAGUUGUUCAUGAUCAGCUGUGUUCUAUGGUAGAAAGGUCUGACAGGGAACUUUUGGGUCCCAACAAUCAGUAUCUUUCCAAAAUUGUCGCAGUGUUUGCCGAGGUUCUUUGUGCUGGUAAGGAUUUAGCAACAGAACAAACUGCUAGCCGGAUGAUAAAUCUAUUACGGCAGCUUCAGCAGACAUUGCCACCAGCUACCUUGGCCUCCACUUGGUCCUCCUUACAACCCCAGCAACAGCUUGCACUGCAAUCUAUCCUCUCCUCGUAG